AGAACAGAGGAACGAAGAAGCCACGGUCAUGGCGAACCCCCAGCCGGUUUACGCUUGGAUGAAGAAGAAACGAGGGAAGGCUGGAAAAGACGAGGAAAACAACGAAGACCCAGAACCGUACGUGGAUUCGUCGCGUAAACGAAAGGCUUACACCAACGCCCAGAUCCUGGAACUCGAAAAGGAGUUUCAUUUUAACCGAUAUCUCUGUCGACCAAGACGAAUCGAGAUUGCGCACUCGUUGAAGUUAUCAGAACGCCAGGUCAAAGUUUGGUUCCAGAACCGACGAAUGAAACUGAAGAAGGAUGAAAGAGUGAAGGAAGAGAAGGAGGAAUUAAAGAAAACGAAUUCUUUUAUUUACCCUCAAGGACUCGCGGGCCACAUGAACGAUAACGGAGCUUCGUUGUUGAAGCAGUUCACGAACUUUCAGCCGUUCACAGUUGGCUUUUCUUACCCAGCUCUACGGUGAUUUACUUUGGCUUGUCUUUGAAGGUGGUCAGAUGAAAUCAUGAUGAAGACAAUAAUUCAAGAAUGCCACCGCUAUGUACAUGAAUCGCGAAAUAAUUUGAAAUUCGGGCAAAAAAAUGUUUUCGUAUCGAUGUGACUUUAUGCCGCGGGUAAAAUUACUCGAAAAUAUAGUCAUUUUAUUUUUAAUGUAAAGUAAUGUUUGUACCUUGUGCAUGACUAAAAAUUUGUGUGGUUAAGUAAUGCGAACACUUGAGUACUCAAUAUACUGAGCAUAUCGAUGCGUAUAUUUCAAUUAACUAUAUCUCGUCAUGCACAAUCAUGUGUUUUUCCUGAAUGAAUUGCCCGAAUUUCAACGAAUUCUUCGAUUCGUGUAUUAUUUAUGUAGCUACUAUAUGAAACUCAAAGUUUGUUAUUGCAGAAACAAUGGCGUGCCAACCAUCGAGGUGCUAUAUAAUAUAUAGGCUAUAUAUAAUAACGAUGGAAACUGAAUACGGCCGAUUGUAUAAAUGAAUAUUUGUUCAAAUGUAUACCGAAAAUACAUGGAACUUUGUCAUGUAUAUUAAUAUAUUUUAUUCUAGACCAGAAUUUCUAAUUCCGGGAUUAACCUUUCAAAAUAAUAGCUACGCGAGAAAUCCAGGCAUAAUCCCUGAGAGUAAAAUUAACAAGAAUUAUCUGUAGUGUCUGGCUGACUGGAUGCAGAUUGGGCGAGGUGUUGAAGGAUAUUCAUACUUUAGUGAUCUUAUUCGUCAUGGGAACACAAUUGGUAUUAUCUUUUUCACUCGAAGUUGAAAGAUUUCCAAGAGAUUAAAUUGCUUGUUGCAGAUAAUCUCAUGAUG